UGUUGGUGCGUUUCUAUUGCAAUUGAGUGUAAAUAAAUAAUUAUCGUGGAUCAAAGAUAGUUUAUUUUUAUUAUCUUUAAAAAACAUUUAUUAACGGAAAUAUAAGCGUUUACAAUGAAUCUGAUCAACACUAGAUGGUUGUUGUUUUUCAUAUUGAUUAGCAGCCAACAUUCAGUGAUGCAGUGCUUUGAGUUGGAAGACUGGUUCUCGGUACCCAAGUUCCAAGGAUACCAGUUCAUUGUAAUCAAUGCAAAUGAGACGUAUGAUGACUGUAACAGGACAUGCUUUAGUAAAUUCAAUGGAUCUCUUGCUAAGCAAAAAGCCGAUUUUUUGCAAAACUUGAAAACCGUCCUGAUGGCAAAUCGCACGUUUUACGCGUGGACAGAAGCUGAACAAACAUGUGAGAUGAUUAUUGUAAAACCAGAUGAACGUAAUACCGUUUAGCAAUACUAGCUGCUCGAAACCGGCAAACUGCCUUUGUAAACGAUUAACCCCAACAACAGCAACAAUGGGUAUAACAACAACACUACAACCACCCACCACGAUCAGGACAACGCUACCAACAACAACAACAACAACAACUGUUACCUCGCAACAAGCAGGGAUGCCAGUAGCAACAUCUGGUGGUGUAGAAACUACUUCCAGAUCUUUGGACAGAUGUGAACAGGAGGGCUCACAGUACUGGUCAGAAGUGAAGAAUUACGCAUAUUGCCUAAGCAACCAAGGUGUUUCCUGUUGUGACGCAAAGACGCUGUGUCAGACGAACAACGGGAGCAUCUCCUCCAAUGUUGGGACCAAAGAAAACUUUGUUGAAAUCGCUCACAAACUGGGUCUUAGUAAUUUAACCGGAACUCUCAGCAUUUGGGCUAACCUCACGGGAAACACCUGUAAUCUUAAUCAACCCACACAAUGUAAUAUCAGCAUUAUUUCAUACAAAGCUCCAAAUAUUACGGAAUUUCAAAAUAAAAUCAAUAUGACUGCGGCAAAAACAUACCGAGUUUUAUGUGAGAAACCUAUAUCUCACUCGACCACGACCAUUCCAACUGUCUCAUCAGCUUUGAACUCAGUCACAGAUCAAACAACACCAGGAACGACCAUUAAAACAUCAAUUGAACAAACACAAUCAACAACAACUGUUGUUGUUACUAGUACUACAACCAACACUGAAAGACACUCGAACGAAAGCCGAUGGAUUCGGGACAAUCUGAAUGAGUAUUUCGUCAUCUACAAAAACUUAACACUCUCCGACGCACGAGCAUCUUGCAAGAUGUCAAACGCGACGCUGGUUGCGUUUAUGGACGUUUAUCAGUACUUUAAGCUUAGCGGCAGACUUCAACUUGAUACGGCUGGAUAUUGGAUCGACGACGCCAUGCCUGUUGACAACUCUACGUGUCUGAAGUUGAACACGGCUGAAGGCAGUCUUCAGUCACACGACUGCAGUGAACUGGCCUACAGCAUCUGUAACAGAUUUGCAUUCCAAAACAACAUUUCACAGGUUCUGGAGCGACAAGAGUUUGUUGAGAUGAUUCGAGAGAUGACAGUAGUGAAAAACACGACGUCAAUGGCAGCGAGGAAACUGACGUCUGCUGACGACAAGAGGACCGUUGCUAAGAUCAGCGGAACUGUCGCCAUUUGCAUGAUGGCGGGAACAUUCUUGAUUAUCUUCUUGAGCGAUUGUUCGCGGAUACUGAAAACACUUUUUAAGUAGAAUAUGACUUGGAUGCCUGUACACAAAUCAACAGGCAUGAAUUAUUUCCGAAGAGAAAGCUUAUUUCUCUGAUUGCAUGACUGGUAGAUAUUUAAUUAUGUAAAUAAAAGAUUAGUUAUUGAA